UGACACAAAUCAGCCGUUCCAGCUCAAAUGGCAACAAGUACAUUAUCCAGCAACCAUUCGGCGCAGCAGACAGACAGACACCCUCACUCCAAGCCGCUGAAGAUGAAGGCAGCAUGCAUCGUCCUCACAGUGCUGAUUCUCAUGGCAAUCAUGGCGGUCUGCGUCAUGGUCAAAUUCGCCACCGACAUCACGGUAGAAGAGAGGAAGAGGGAGUUCUCUCAAGGAGGCUCCAUCCACCAGUAUGCGAAGUCCAUGGGCGUGAUCUCCCUCCAUGAGAACUCCACGAUGCACCACGCUGCGAGGUUCCCCUACGUGGCAGCCAUCACGAGGAACACCUCCACGCUGUGGUCGUUCGCUUGCUUCGCCAGUGUGGUGCUCAUCAAGUGGGUCGUCACUUCUGCGCACUGCAGACGGCCCAGCACCACGCACCGAGUGCUCCUCUUCUACGACUUCGCCCGCAACUACACCCACACGUACCCCAUCCUCUUCUGGAGACUCCACGAGAAAUUCAACACCAGCAACCCGACCCCGCUGUACGACAUCGCCGUCGCCAAGCUGAACGUCGAGUUCCGCCCCUUCAUCAUCAAGCCCGCAGUCAUCGACGACAGACAGGCCUUCGCCAUGGAAUCCAGCAUCUGGAAGACUGUCUCCACCAUGGACAAGAAGCUGUUCCUCACGAACGACUUCGACAAAUACACCUUCAACAUUGCUGAUCCGAAGAAAUGCCUUGAAGGUUACGGAGUGGAUGUUGAUGAUAGUAUGAUAUGUGUGGAUAUGUCUGAGCAUGAGGACUGCUUUAUACACGAGUUUGGACCUUUGUACUUUGGGGAUAAGGUCGUGGGUAUCCUGGCGGUGAAGCCGCGCGACUGCGACAUGAAGCUCUCCAUCUUCACCAACGUGUCGUACUACACCAACUGGAUCCUCCACGCGACACACAUCAGCUUCUACGGAUGAUAGCUUUUGAUCUCUUA